AUGAUCUACAGGGUGAUUGCUAGUUUGUUUAUGGUGCAGAAUCUCUUUGCAAGAGUUUCUGUGGAAGAUAUAAGAAGAGCGCAUGAAACUAAGAUAAAAGGCAGCCAACGGCUAUUCAUUAACCCAGAGGGCCCUCUGAAUCUGCUAUUGCGGAUAUAUGGGCUUCCAAAACGGAUACAUGUACAACAAGCGGUUUUUUCUCCUGAAAUAGAAACAGACUAUGCGUUAUAUGAAAAUGGAUCGGCAGUUAACAGCACACAAAAGUACGGAUUUACAAGAACGCCUGCAAAUGAUAAGAUAUACAAAGAGCUGGGUGUUAGUGGCUCUGAUGGAAGAUAUCUCAGCGCGUACCAUGCACAGCUCUUAAAGAUGUUUCCAUCCGAGCAUGGAGACCUCUCAAUUGAGACUACCCGGCCAAAUGCACUUACAAACUUCUUAAGGGCAGACCAUGUUAAGCAGGAUGCCAAGUACAUUCUUGCAGCGCUGCUGCUUCUUUCAGAAGAGAUUGACGUCCAAAUAGGCGUGGACCACUCAGGGGAGAAAAAGAGACUUGUCAUAAAGAGCAAGACAUGCAAGGGAAAAAAGUUUGCAGAUGUAGAGCUGUACACUGCAGGCAUUGACCCUGCUACAAAUCUGCGCAUCGACAGCAUUUACCAAAGUGAAGUGGAAGAGAUUGUCAACUUCUGUGUACGGUGCAAAGACAGAAUAGUAAUUAGAAAAGCACCCGCAUUUGUAAUGCCGUCCAGCCAGGAGGCAUUUGACACGGGAGACUUUUUGAACAGCUUAGAGUUCCUCAUGCAGACGUACAUAUAUCACUUCAUUGACAGCUUUGCGGAGUAUGCAAGUUUUGUGGAGGCAGUGCAUGAGCUGCUUCUUGACCAAAUGACAGAAGAGGAGAAGAGCGAGCUUCUCAUUGGCCAGAGCGGUGCUAAGGAAGAGCAGCAGGCUGCCAUAGACCAAUAUAACACAGGAAAUGCAAGUAGCAAUAAGAAGAGUCAAAUAUUCCAUAAACUGUUCCUCCGCGAAGAGUCUGCCAGUGCAAGCAUGAAAUAUAUUACGUCUUUCUGUGAUCUGGUAAAGAACAAAACUGAAGAAGCAGCCUUUUCCUUCUGGAAGGAAAGCACGCUUCCAAUAGCUGUCAAAGUACCGCAGUACAAGCAGGAUCUAUCUGGCUUUGAGGAGGACCGCACUUUAGACUACAUAAACCACACAGAAACAGCUCUUCUUGGGCUGUUCUGCUGCUUGGCAUACAACCCAGAGAAAAAAGAGUACGAAACCAGCCACAUGGGAGAAGAAGUAAGCCCAGCAGUAACUGCCUUCUUUAAAAAGUAUCCUAAGCCAACUGACACUAUUACCUUAGAAAUGCACAUGGAGUGGAGUAAGGUCGUUUCUUGCCUGGACAACAAGAAAAUCCAGUACAGACACAACAGAAACCAGCUUGAGUCUGGUCUUGCAAAUAUUUUGCUUGUCAUAGCAGAAAUAACCGGGCAGAAGACUGGCACAGACAUAGUGGAUCUAGUUGAGUAUAUAGAAGAAAGAUGUAGAGAAAACAAUCUAGACAUCAGCAAAAUACAUGAUAUUGCAUCUAAGAUGCAGGAAGUUUUUAGGUCUUUAGCAUCUCCUAAAUUAGGCAUAUUAGUAAUGGAUUGGGGCAUGAAACUGGGCCACAGACCAGAUGAAAGCGCCGAUAUUCUUGGUGGAAUUCAUAUUGUUUCUACGCAUAACUAUAAAAAUAGCACUUUUAUAUUACAACUAAAAAGAGACUAUGCUACUUUUAAUUUUAUUGAGGGUUCAGGCAUAGACUCUAGCAAUACAAACCAGUAUGAAGAAGUAAGAAGGAUGUAUACAGACACAUGCAGCUACAUUAUGUAUACUGUUAAUCGGUACAUUGACUUGGAAAUAGAAGAUACAUCUUUUAUGGCGCAGCGGUAUAGCUGGCGUUAUCCUAUAGAGAGAACAGACGCUAUUUUAAGUACUGGAUACGAAAAUGUAUCUAAAUUAUUCUUAAUAGGAAAGAUUGCUAACAAAGAGUGUAAGAUCCAUAUUAUAGAACAAUUUAUACUCCACUUGAUAGAAAACGAAUUGAGCCCAACCAAUCCUGCAACACGCUUUGUUGCAAACGUUCUGGGAAGUGCUCCACUUGAUAAAGAGUAUAUACGGGGCCGUAUGCUGUCCCCUCUUCUCUUCCUUUCAAGUUGCCAGACACAUUAUCCACAGCUUAGCUAUUUAUUAUUCAACAAUAUAUUAGUGCAAAAUUCUUAUAGGCCUAAUAUAGAUUCUAUGUAUGGAUGUAUACUAAAAAAGAAAUCAAUAGGAUUUGCAGUAAAAUGUAUAGAAAACUAUCUCAAUCAGCCCAUACGUAGAAAUGCUAUGUAUUCUUUACUGGGAAGCAAACAGCAGAACAGAAGCAUAUUUAAUGUUAUAGUGGCACAAGGGAAAAUAGCUCAAUUUGCAAAGCUUCGAUCUAUACUUGAGAAAACCAAGGCGCCAGAAGAAAGCCUCAACUAUAUCUACGUGGGCUGGCUUAUUAAUGCAUGUAUGGGGCCAAACCCUAGCCUAAAUGCCAUUGUUCUUAUUUACAACCUUAUAAAAACAGAAGAAUUGACUACCCCACAUGAUCCUAAUCUAUCAGACCAUAUCCCAUACUUCAUAAAUACUAUUCUAGUUUUAGAGAGAAAUAAGACUAUGCUGUGCUCAGAAGGCAGUGAACAGAGUGUAGAAAAAUACAACAAAGUAUUAGAACAACUUGGAAGACGGUGCCCAGGAACAAUUGUUAUAAAAAAGAGUUUAUACCAAUGGGUAAGAGGAAUUGUGAGAUCUUGUAUUGCAUGGAUUAAGUCUUUUUUUUAG